CACAAAUUCUCAUGAGAGACGAUUUUUUUAACAAAUCAUCUCUAAUUUGAUUAGCUUAUUAUCAUCUUUUAAUUUAAGUAGCCUGUAAUGUGCUAGGCCUGAGAGAAGAUUUAAAAAAGAGGCCCAAAAUGUGUCUUAUCGUUUGAUGGGCUUGGACCAAGAGUUUAGACUAUGCUAUGGAACGCGGAUAGUAGGAGGGAAAGGAUUGGUACUUGGUGCUUGGCAGAGCGAAAGGAUUUUUCUGUCGAAGAUGACGAUGAGAAUGAAAAUGGUGGAAGGAGUGAAGCUAUGGCGUCAAUCAUCACAUUCACAGCCAUUAAAGCACCUCUUUCACUCUAAUUUCAACUUCAACUCUAACUCGUUGAUGCUGAACACAGUACCAUUCUUACUGCGUCAAAAACAUCGACGUUUUGUAACCAAGAGCAGUAAAAGUAGCACCACAGCCACCAAUCAGAAUCGCCGUUCCCAAUCUUCGUCGUCUUCUUCUACCUCAGAUAGGGAAGCCAUUCGGAGUAUCCGCCUUAACAAGGUAGAAGAAUUGAGGAGCAAUGGGUUGGAGCCUUACGCGUAUAAGUGGGAUAGAACUCACUCAACAACGCAGCUUCAAACCAUUUAUGAGCAACUUCCCAAUGGUGAGGAGGCUCCUGAUAUUGUCUCCGUUUCUGGUAGAAUCAUGAGUCGCCGUGCUUUUGGAAAGCUAGCCUUUCUAACACUACGAGAUCAAACUGGCACUAUCCAGCUCUACUGUGAAAAGGAGAAGCUCACUGAACAUCAGUUUGAGCAGUUAAAAGGGCUUGUUGAUAUUGGUGAUAUACUUGGUGCCAUUGGCACAUUGAAAAGGACAGAGAAAGGGGAGCUCUCGAUUCGUGUAACCUCAUUUGCGAUUCUUACAAAAUCCUUACUUCCCCUGCCGGACAAAUACCAUGGUCUCACAGAUGUUGAUAAGCGCUAUCGUCAACGGUAUGUAGAUAUGAUUGUCAAUCCUGAAGUUGGCGAUACAUUUCGAAAAAGAGCAAAGAUCAUCUCAGAGAUACGAAGGACCGUGGAAUCAUUGGGCUUUGUUGAAGUUGAAACUCCAGUUCUUCAGGGGGCAGCUGGUGGAGCAGAAGCAAGACCAUUUGUUACAUACCAUAAUUCACUAGGAAGGGAUUUAUAUCUAAGGAUUGCUACUGAGCUUCACUUAAAAAGGAUGAUGGUCGGGGGAUUUGAGAAGGUGUAUGAAAUUGGAAGGAUAUUCAGAAAUGAAGGCCUUUCAACUCGACACAAUCCUGAGUUCACUACUAUAGAGCUGUAUGAAGCAUAUUCUGAUUAUGAGAGCAUGAUGGUCAUGGUUGAAGAAAUUGUCACUCAAUGUGCUCUUGCAGUUCAAGGCAAGCUUACAGUAGAAUAUCAGGGAAUUGAAAUAUCUUUAGAGCGGCCUUGGAGGAGGGAGACCAUGCACAAUCUUGUUAAAGAAGCCUCUGGAAUUGACUUCACUGAAUUUGGUGAUAAUCUUGAAGCUGCCAAGGAAGCUACUUUGAGAACGAUUGGAAGCAGCCUUGAGGACAAAGACAAGCUUGCGAUUGGUAAUUGCCCGUCAACUGGCCAUGUUCUUAAUGAGGUCUUCGAGAUUCUUGUGGAGCCAAAGCUCCUCCAACCUACCUUCGUUCUGGAUUAUCCAAUUGAAAUAUCUCCUCUAGCUAAACCACACAAAAGAUCUAAAGGCUUGACUGAAAGAUUUGAACUAUUUAUAUGUGGCCGUGAGCUAGCAAAUGCUUUUUCUGAAUUAACAGAUCCUGUGGAUCAGAGGUUACGUCUGGAAGAGCAAGUGAGGCAGCACAAUAAGAAGCAAUUAGAAGGCGAUCACAAGGAUGAUGAAAGUGGAGAUGAAUCCUAUGCGGUGACCCUUGAUGAGGAUUUUGUGACAGCAUUGGAGUAUGGAAUGCCUCCAGCUUCUGGGAUGGGAAUGGGAAUUGACAGACUAGUGAUGUUAUUAACAGACUCUGCUAGCAUACGGGAUGUUAUUGCAUUCCCUGUCCUUAAGGUCCAGAACUAAGAAAGAAGUGAGGCUAGAACAUCUCUCUUUUGGCUCAGCUGUCUAAUUUGCAAAUUCUCCUUCAUGGAUGCUGCUGCUUUCAGCUCUGCUUCUGAGAUUAGUGCCGUAAGCAUUUUUAAGCUAAUUCUUGAUUGGAUAAUGAUGAUGAGAAGUCAUUGUUUAUGGAAAAAUUUUGUGGAUAUGUUGUGUUCUUUAUAUAUAGAAUUUCAAGUUCUAAUACAAGAUCACCAAGUAGAGUAUUGUCAUUGGAA